GGUCUGCCUGCCUCUGCCUCCCACCCUGGGAUUUAAGGUAUACACCACUAUACUAUAUAUGUGUAGUUUAGAGGGAUGUCAUUAGCCCCAACUCAUAGACAGGCUCAGACAGGUGUUGAGUUGCCAGAGGCCACUCAACAUCACCAAUAAAACAGGGACACUGUUCCCUACCCUGCCUGGGUGUUGAGGAUGGCAGUGUAUGGGUGUGUAAAUUGCAGUGGUCUGUUUGGAAUCUGCAGGAUGUGGUGGAUGUGCAGUCCAGUGGAGUAUGUGUGGCUUGUAGACAAGAGGGCUUGAUAAAGCAAAGCUCUUACCUGCACCGUGUUUUAAAUCGGGGUGUCAGGUAAUUGCUCCCAGCAUCAGCUGUGCAAAUGGUCAUCUGUGCCAGCCACAGAUCAGGGAAGAAUUCUUCAGUUAUUCUGUGUCCUGCCCUGGCGCUGUCUCAGUGAGCUGGUUAGUCAGUGAUCUCGGGCGCACUUGUCCCCAGCUCCAGGGCCUCUGUCCAUAACUAGUCAUGUUAGGGUUGAGAGCUUCGGCUUUCUGGGAAAAGAAGCUGACUUGCUUCCUCUCUAUCUCUAAUGCUCCCUGGUCACCCCAAGCUCACUCAGCAGUCCUGGGUCCAGCCAGGGUAUUGUUCUGCAGGGAGUCUGGCCUCUGCCCCCUGGACACAAGUGGGAACUAAGGUUGUUGUGCAGGCUGAGUGACUGUUCUCUGUGUGGGUGCCCAGCCACUGGGAGGGACUCUUUCUGCAUGCUUCUGCAAUCAGCCAUACCCUGCCUUGGGCUGUGACUUCCUUGCUGAACAAACCUUCAACCAGCCUUGGAACUCUUGCCGGCAUCCAUACACCUGCACCUUCUUCCCGGCUGGGGCCCUUCUGCAGCCAUGGUCUGGAGAACACUGGGCAUCGGCAACUUCUCCAUCUGCCCCAAUGGCUCCAGCCAGUGGAUCUGGGAUGUGUUUGGCGAAUGUGCCCAGGAUGGCUGGGACGAGGCCAGUGUGGGCCUGGGCUUGGUUUCCAUUCUCUGUUUCGCUGCAUCCACCUUCCCUCAGUACAUCAAGGCUUGCAAGACAGGCAAUAUGGACCAGGCUCUGUCACUGUGGUUCCUCCUCGGCUGGAUCGGCGGAGAUUCCUGCAACCUCAUUGGCUCCUUCCUUGCAGAUCAGCUGCCCCUGCAGACCUACACAGCUGUGUAUUAUGUGCUGGCUGACCUGAUGAUGCUGACACUGUACUUCCAUUACAAGUUCAAGAAUCGGCCCUCAUUGUCAUCUACCCCUAUCAACUCUUUACUCUUGUUCAUCUUGGGGACAGUGUGCAUCACACCACUGCUGGCAACCAGCACUGAGCCUCAGGCUGCCCCAAGAGAGGGGUUCUGGGGACGGACGCUACUGUCUGUGGAGCCGAGCAGUAAGCCCUUCACAAAGAAGGAAGUCAUCGGCUUCGUCAUUGGCUCUGUCUCCAGUGUGUUGUACCUGUUCUCGAGGCUGCCUCAGAUCCGCACUAAUUUCCUACGACAGUCAACCCAGGGCAUCUCCUACUCACUGUUUGCAUUGGUAAUGCUGGGGAACACGUUAUACGGGUUGAGCGUGCUGCUCAAGAACCCUGAGGUGGGCCAGAGUGAGGGCAGCUACCUGCUGCACCACCUGCCCUGGCUCGUGGGCAGCCUGGGUGUACUGCUGCUGGACACCAUCAUCUCCAUCCAGUUCCUGGUGUACAGGAACCGUGCUGCUGCUGCUACCACCUCAGAGCGCGAGCCCCUCCUCCCAAGCUGACCGGCACCACCUGAGCUCUGGAUGACGGGGACCUCUGCUGCUGUCCCAGAAAGGGAGAGAUGUGGGCAGUGAUGUUGCCAUCCCUGGACUGGGCCUUGAAGGCAGCCUGAGGGAGGCCUGGAGCUCUGGACCUGCUGCCUCCCUCCCUUCCACGCGUGCACAUCCUUCAGACAGCUCUGGAGCUGGCCUGUGACAUACCUCCCAGGUUUAAGGCACCUGCCCAAGGAGCCUGGAGGGGACUUGUAGCUGAGACCCCAGAAGAUGGUGUGACCACUUUCUGUCUACCUACCUCAUUCUGCCUGUGCACCCCAGGGCUGCAUCACAGCCUGGGGAUGCAGGGCUGCCCCUCUGUCUGACUGGACGCAACCUAGUAAACAGGACCUUCCAGCUGGG